AUGCGCUUGACCUCGCAGCGCUUCGCUGGCGCCGAGCUCCUGGACGACGCUCUGCGCGAUGCGGCGUCCACGCGCGAUGUGGCGCUUUUUCACGCGCACGUCGCCGACCUCGAGACGUUACACGCGCGCGCGGUCGAGGAGGGGACGUGGGCGGAGACGUCGGCGGCGGCGAGGUGCCUGAAAACCAUCACGGCGGGCUUCGCGUUGAACGCGCGCGAUGUCGAUCGCGCGUUCGAGCUCGCGGAGUCGUUCGCGCGGCACUGCAUCGGGGUGGACGACGACGCGGCAUGCGACUGGUGCUCAGCGGCGCUGGCGCUGGUGGAUAGGUUUGGAGAGGACGUAAGCGGUGCGCGUGUAGCUUGGGCUUUGGCGUUCGCGACGGUGGAGUCGUUCAUCAAGGGAGACGCGACGGGAUAUCAGGGGUUCGGAUCGGUGAGCGGAUCUCGUUUGGCGUACGUCAAGGUGGUGCGAAAGAGUAGGCGGUUUUUUGAGGAUGGAUCGGCGAGAGCGAUUUGGGCGCGAGUCGCCGACCAAUGCCGAGAGACGGAGCACAACAAGUGCUUUGAGGGAAUAGGUUUACUCCAGCUGUUCAUGCCGUGCAUGAAAAUGUCACAGGACAAUGAUGAUGCGACAUUUUUCGUGGAGAUGAUGCGAGGAGAGUGGCGAUCUCUCUCGCGCGCGCUUGGGUCGAGCACCUUCUGGAUGAGCUCGUGGAUGUCGAUAUUUUCUCAAUUGGCAAAGCAUGACAUCAGACAAGAGAUUGAGUGGAGCGAUUUGUACAAUGACAUUUUCACGACGACUCUGAAAGCCAUGGAGCUGCCGAUUGGUGGUAUCGAGGGCCGACACUCGUUCGGACGGAAGAUGAGCUACAGAACUGCGAUGACUUUCGGCUCUUCUGUUGAACCGCCGAGACGCAUGCGAUCGUUGUCAAAAUUUUUUAUUUAUCGCGCGAUGAUUGACAGCACCGUCGUCGAUGCGAUCGAAAAGGUUGUCGAUUACAUCGAACAUUUCUAUCAUCCGAGUAGCAGUGGAUCAUUCAUUGGGCUGCUCGCGCACUUUCUGAGAUACAACAUCAAGUACAUGAACAAGUUCCUAGGCGAUGAGAAUAGACGGGCUCCGCCUGACGUCCUCUCUCGGCUCGUUACAUCGUACAAACGAUUAACUGAUAGGGCGUUAUUUUCAAAAUCUUCGGAUCUUCGUCGAUACGCCAACGUUGGGGUCGGUCGAUUAGCGUACAUCGAUCCUGGACAGAUAUUACCCGGAGUCAUGUCGCGUUUUGAAGACGCAUUGGCGCACGAGACGGCCACGCGUCAACUGGUACCAGCUCUCAACUGUCUGACAAUUUGCGUUCGACCGAUGAUGUUACUCCCCGCGAACACCGUGUAUGAAGGUCCAGACGAGUCUUACGUAAAUAUCAGUGAAUUUCUUGCGUCUGCGAUGAAUGCCUCUAUUCCUGGCAUUGAUGUGAACGAUUCAUUGAAAACAUGUGCCACUUUGAGAUUCUUUUCCAUGGUUAUCAUGAAUCUCCCGCGCUUGAUAGAUGCGGGAGAACCAGGCGCGGUCUCACACGUUCAAAUUUUAUGGUCGGACUGGACAAUACAAUUUCUGGCACGAUUAUUUGUCUUGUUUGAGCAUCUACAACCAGAUACGCACGGAAGCAAGUCAGACGCCGCGGAUGCCUUUAAAGGAGCCGCGCGAGAAGCUUCCGGAUUUUUGCUAUCUGCAUCAUCCAUGUAUAGACCCCUCCUUCGAAUGCUCUUUACGAGACUCGAUCCGAGCAUUGCACGCGUUGCCAUCAGGAGAGUUGCAGCAUUUAUACGCGAGAACAUGUUCCCAGAAGUCUGCGAAGAGAUUGCGAUUCUGGUGCAGGCAACGAUGCUUGCUGAUCCUGAGCUAGCGUAUGAGGAGAUCAUCAGGCCGAUGCUGAAGACUUUGGAUGACGAACUUAUCGUCGACGGUCCGCUAUCGACGACGACAGAAUCGCGGAUUUUCUGGUGUACCGGCAUCGUGACCAAAUGCGCCGUGAUGAAUCGGGAUAUCACUUUUCGACUUGUCGACGAUUUCAAGCGUUUGGCGCAAAAAGUGUUCAAAUUGGGGGAGAAGCAUCAUAAUUUGGAUGUGUUGUCUUACGCUGAACUGAUGAUCACUACUCUUCUGCAAGGUCUGACAACUGUGGAGGCGAUGGACCAAUACAAGGACGAGGUUGAUGGAGAUUCUGUAACCAACUGGGUCUGUUUGAAAUGGAAUGCGGACGAUAGCGGACAAGUUAUUGGCGAUCAGCACUUACCGUCACCCUUUGAGUGGAGGUUGCCAAACGAGGCCGUGCUGGAGGUCACAAGAAAAAUCAUUGAUGAAUUUCUUCUCGCACCAGCAAACGAGCUGCUCGAGGCACCAGGUGAAGAUUCCAUGGAUUGUGAAGACGACCCUUCAUCGGCAAAGGAUAUGAUCAGGACGAAAGUCUCUAUGCUCUACGCGGUGUUGAAUGGUCUGGAAGAGAAGUUGCAAGAUUUUGAAGAAGAUGAUCCGUUGCUAAUCACUGGACAUGUCAAGUUGUUCCCUGAUGUCGCUCCGAGAGCCUUGGUGGCGCGCGCGCUAGUGGCUGCGAUUCAAAAGACGAGCUCAGAUGAUACUGAGACCCUGAAUUUGAUCUGUUCGGCCGCAGAAUCGACGUUAAAUCCAUCUUACAGGGCCUUCAUGUCUCAGAAGAAGAGUCUCACAUCGUUGAAUUCUACGGCGUUUUACUUCACCCAGCCACGGCGAAAUGGAACACAGAGCAGGUAUCCGAGGUGGUUUAUCGCAGAGAAAGUCAUGCUCGGCGCAAUUUGGCGCAACACAGGGUCAUCAUUACUUUCUAGAUCGUCUCCAUCAUUUCAUGCGGCCGGAUCAUCCGAUCCUGAUCGAGCCGCCUUAGUCGCGGCAGUCGAAGACUUGUCCCUGAGCAAGUAUGCAAGCGUUCGAUCAGGAGCUCUUCCCAUGAUCCAGGCGCUAUCCGCGAGGUUUCCGAGAGAUGCUGUACCUUUCGUAGAAAAGUCGACGCGAGCACUCGCGACUGGCGAAAAAGACGAAGACAAGUGCAUCGCUGCUUGCGAUGCGCUGCAAAAUCAUUUCGCGCUUGGCCAGACUCUGCGCCGAGAACAGAUUUUUGUGCCGUUUAUCGAGGCGCUACUGGGGAGCUCGCAUCACGGCACAGACAAAGCGCAGAACUCAAUCGGUUCAUUGUUCUUGUGUUUAGCCCUCAUGUUCUCCCGCGGUUUGUUUCAUCCGGUGCCGCGAGCCAGCCUGUUGCCUCUGAAGGAGCGCAUGAUUUUAUCACUAAAAGAGAGAUGUGAUUUACACUGGAGCUACGAAAUGAUGACCAACGCCAUCACCGUCUUUUUCAUAGAUCCGCAUGAUGAUGCGUCAUUCUUGUCCACCGCAAGUGAGAUUUUCAUGGCAAGUGUAGUUGGUGAUCUCAAGGUAGUGAGAUUCCCAGCAAUGUGCGCGUUACUCAUGAUGAGUCGAUACGAGUGCUUUGAAUCCAGCUGCGCGCCACAACUGAAGCAAGUGAUGAGCGCCAAACCUGAGGAAACGUUUAAACAAAUUUUGACAAAUUUUGCGAUAGCGCACUCAUCUAUCGAGAGCGGCGAGGGACGUGGUAGAUCGCAUGGGAAGUCCGAUAUGCUGAUGCAAGCAGCAGAGUCACUGUAUGGAUUCGCAAAUGAAAUGGCUGGUCCUGAGUGGCCAAAUUCUCGCGCAGCUGAUAUUAUGACCUCUACUGGGGCGUUCAUCGUUGCCGUAGCGAGAUUUUGGAAAAUACUUGCUCAGAUUUCUCCCGCGGAUGUGGCUGUUGGUGUCCGAGCGACGAUCAGAGAACAUGGAGAGAUCCGUGAGAGAAGCAUGCGCUGCGCACUUGCUGAAGCGCUAGCUGGGGUACUGGCCUCGCGAUGCCUUUCGGAGAAUGAUAGGGCUUGGAUGCACGAGACAUUUUUCAAGUAUGCUUUGGAUGCACCUCCCGAACAGCGAGAAGAGUGGCUCAAAGGAGCGGCGUUUUGCACCGAUAGUGGCGGAAAUAUUUCCGAUGACCUUCUUCGGCAUCUGUCAUCUAUUCAAGUGAGCACCAUGGCACAGCUGGGCAGAAGUCUUGAAAUUACUCGAGUCUGUGUUGCACAACUCUGGAGAACGAGUGAAAGCGACGAUAUAAAGCUUGCGUUACUCGAGCUUCUUGCUGAUCCGAUGAGCUCGCCGCUCUCAAACGAUAGUCGUCUAGUGCGUGAAAGCGCCGCUCAACUCGCAGCAACUUUGCUCGCGGAUCGUCACGAAGCACUCAGCGCUGCACGAGCGAAGCUCAUUCUCUUACUAACGGCAGACAUUGAAAACAUCACCGUGUGCGCUUUAGCGUCAGAUCCGGCACAUCCUGAUCCAACGCUCGUAGCCUCUCGAAAUGCUCUUGAGGGUAUCUUUUAUACUUUCCUCGAGAUGUGCCGUCGAGGCGAUAUUCUGGAGGUCGCAUCAUGCGUCCCGGUUAUCGUUCGAGCAGCGCUGCGCACGGCAGAAGCUAAAGACAAAGAGUUUGCAAUGGUUGCUAAGCUCACGGGAGCGUACUUAAAAUAUCCUCGAUUCAGUCAGACUGAUUUGCAAGCUUUCACUGGAAUUCUUCAGUUGACCCUGUGCGACGCAAAUUGGCACACACGCGCCGCCACACUUCGUUACAUUCAGGCGUUGAUUUACCAUCACGCGUUUACGAUUGAAUCCAGUUUAUUUGUUGCUUUACGUGCUGGCGUCAUCGAGUGUCUGAAGGAUAGGCAGUUAGAAGUGGCGCAGUUGGCUUCCCAAACUUUGAUGAUUUUCUUCAAGGGAAUCGGUCUAGCGGAUGCCUCGACGUUACGCUCUCAAUUUCUUGAGGUCGUCGUGAUGCGUCUGCCUCGCGACGCCACGCAGGAGGCCAUCGCGUUCAAACACGCCGCCGUGUUGGGUUUAUCGGCAUGCGUGCUCUCUCACCCGUACGAUGUUCCAAGUUGGAUGCCCGAAGCAAUGGAAGCUCUCAGUUUCGCCGCGUUGGAACCGUCCCUGAUCAAGCAAACAACACAGCGGACGUUUGCAGAAUUCAAAAAGACGCAUCAAGACACCUGGUCUCAAACCAGGGCCGCCUUCACGCACGAGCAGUGGGAAAACAUCACAUUAGGCUUAGAUCUCGCACCGAGUUACAUCAUCUAG